CUAUUCCCAGGGUUCUUGAUCAGACUUCUUCAUGGUCAUAACACUACGCGACACUGACUUGCAUUCCUAUCACGUUCGUUGCAAGCUUCCUGGUGACCAUAUAGCACCAUAUUAUUGAGGUCUGCAUAUUUGCCAUUGCAGCCGCCUUGUCUUGCCCAUGGCAGAUACAUCAAGAGGCGAAGGCUACGAGCAGGAACACGUUCAUGAAGUGUAUGAGCAGAUUGCAUCGCACUUCUCCUCCACAAGAUAUAAGCCCUGGCCCAUCAUUGAACGCUUUCUCAAAGGGCUUCCUGAUGGCUCUGUAGGCUUGGACGUCGGCUGUGGAAACGGCAAAUACCUUGCCGUGAAUCCCAAUGUAUUCAUCCUAGGCUCCGAUCGAUCCAGCAAUCUCGUGUCCAUAGCCAAGCAACAUCAACCGCAUUCCGUUCUGGUUGCAGACAUCCUAGAUCUCCCACAUGCUCCUCACGCUUUCGAUUUUGCCAUUUCCAUUGCCGUGGUGCAUCACCUUUCUACCUCCGAGCGUCGAGUCGAUGCUGUCCGAUCGAUUCUUGACAUACUAAAGCCCGGUGGACAAGUUCUGGUCUACGUGUGGGCUCUUGAGCAAGAAAAUAGUCGACGCGGCUGGUCGGAGAAGGACAAUCAAGAUGUUAUGGUUCCCUGGGUCACACGUGGUUCGAAAAAAGCCGACAGUAGCAGCCAGGGCCAGAGUACUGGACACGACAAGACUUACCAUCGCUAUUAUCAUUUGUAUCGCAAGAAUGAAAUCGAGGAGGAUCUUGUGGCUGCAGGCGGCAAGGUCAUCGAGUCAGGUUACGAAAAGGACAACUGGUGGGCCAUUGCUAUUCGAGAUAAGGAAUGAUGGCAGUGUAUUCAAGAUAAUGGCUUGCAUCGAUGAUUUCUCACAACCUGACUGCUUUUUGAGUCAAAAUUUGAGGUGUUAAAAAUCAUCAACAAGUCCCUGCGAGAUCAUCUCAUGUCUUCGUCUCCUGACCAAGGUGCGGAUGUAUCACUCUUGUAAAAUAGGCUAUCACCAUUUGCUAGGCCAUCGGACAACAGGUUGUAUGCUCCUAACACCCUGGAAUGAUAUGGUCGCUGGGCAGACAGGCUGGAAAAGAGCUAAACGAGUCAUAUGUUACUUGACGUCGUUGUACGGGAACUAUCUCCAUCAAUAUUAGUGUCGUACGGCUAA